AUGGCCGACAUGCACGCCACGAUGGCCGCCCACAUGCGGGCCGUCGAGCACUGCCGCGUCGCGUCCGAGAGCGACCCGGACUGGUUCACGCUGGACGUGCAGGACUGCCACUCCCGCCGCGCCCUCAUCCUGCGGGACGCACUGACGGCCCUGGUGGCGGACGUCGCCCCGACCCCAGAGGACGCCGAGGCGGCGGACGGGAUCCGCGGGCGCAUCUACGCGUCCUACGCGCACACGGCUCAGAACCACCGCGAAGGUGGCGUCGGGGCUCCAGGACAGCCAGGGCGUGCAGAAGCUGGCGACCGCGGGGCAGGCGGCGGCUGUGUCCGCGCGCUCCUCCCUGCGCACCCUGUCCUCGCGCCUCGCGCCCGCGGCCGCCGCGCCCACGGCCGCCGCGGUUUCGGAGGGCGCCGCCAGCGAGGCGCCGCCCACCUCCGGGGCGACAGGCGCGGCCGCAGUCGACCCGGCGCCUGCGGCGGCGGGCCCGUCCUGACUUGA